GCGACUUUGAGCGUCAUCGCGGGCGCGACGCCGCGAGAGACAGUUUGGGGUCGUCUUUCGUGGAGGUGCGGAGGCGGACCGGCCGGGAAGAUGCCAGUGGCGGUGAUGGCGGAAAGUACCUUCAGUUUUAGAAAGUUGCUCGAUCAGUGCGAGAACCAGGAGCUCGAGGCUCCGGGAGGAAUUGCUACACCCCCAGUGUAUGGUCAGCUUCUAGCUUUAUAUCUGCUGCAUAAUGACAUGAAUAAUGCAAGAUACCUUUGGAAAAGAAUCCCACCUGCUGUAAAAUCUGCAAAUUCUGAACUUGGGGGAAUUUGGUCAGUAGGACAAAGAAUCUGGCAGAGAGAUUUCCCUGGGGUCUACACAACCAUCAACGCUCACCAGUGGUCUGAGACAGUCCAGCCCAUCAUGGAAGCACUUAGAGAUGCAACGAGGAGACGCGCGUUCGCCCUGGUCUCCCAAGCCUACACCUCCAUCAUCGCCGAUGACUUCGCAGCCUUUGUUGGACUUCCGGUGGAAGAGGCCGUGAAAGGAAUAUUAGAACAAGGAUGGCAAGCCGACUCCACCACAAGAAUGGUUAUGCCCAAAAAGCCAGUUGCAGGGGCGCUGGAUGUUUCCUUUAGCAGGUUUAUUCCCUUAUCAGAGCCUGCCCCCGUCCCACCAAUCCCCAACGAACAGCAGCUAGCCAGACUGACCGACUACGUGGCUUUCCUCGAAAACUGAUUGGCCGUUCUGCGUUCAAGGCCCGCCUUCAGAAUCCUGUAGACCGACAGAUAGAAAAAUGUAAAACUUUUAUUUUCAAUUUAUUGGAUGGAUUCAGUACCUCAGCAUUCCUACCGAGUCUGUGAUAAAAUACAUGUAAAAGGAUUAUAUAUAUUUUGUCCCUAAACAUUAUGCUGAAUAGUCGUCAAAACAAUCCUCAGUGUGAAAUAUUUGACAGUUUGGAUGGAGCCGGUCAGUAUUACGCGGUCAGUUUAUAUUUGCUGGCGACUCGUGAGCUCGGGGUCCCCCGCCUCGCGCAGACAGCAGCCGUCACCGGGUUUUCCUGCCCCGACACGUGCCCACUUCCAGCUGCACCGUCGCCGGUAGUUGCAGUGAUUGAUUUGGGGUUUCAGGACGGCCGUGCCAGGGGCGCUAUGGGAAUUAGUGAGGAUUCUGAUACACCCUCUUCAGAAAGUAUGUUCUGUUCUCAUGCCUGCAAAUCGCUCAUACUUGCUGAGAUACAGCUGAGGAACAAAAAGGCCGUUUGCUCAGGAGGCCAGGGCUUAGCUUCCUGAUGGUGGGAGUGCAUCCGUUGCUGCAGUGCACGGCUUGCCGUGAAAACGCAACUUAUUUAAGACAUUCGUGAGAAGUAUUAAGGUGUAGUAUUUCCUUUUGGAAGAAAGGAAAUAUUAAGGGUGGAAUGCAUUUCAUUGGGAAAGAAGCCAUUAACAUAAGUGAUACACUUGGUGCAACUAUCCUGCAGCCUGUUGUUUGCUUCUAUUUAUCCCUUGGUUCAAGUUUUGGAGAAAUACUGAACAAGUCUCUCCUUUUUUGUGUGACAGCCCUCUAAAUCUUUAAAGUUGUUUAUUGUAUCUUCAAGUUGAAACACCCCCUAGUUCACUUAUUCUUUUGUUCAAUAAAUAUUUAAUUGAAUUCUUCAA